AUGUCUAGAAAGUGUGAUGGUCGAGACCGAGGCGUUGCAAACUUUUGCACAUUUUGCGGACGUGUGGGCGCAGAAUUUGAGGCUUCGGUGAAGCUUGACGCUCGGAAGCGAUCGCGCGAAUGUUGUCUGCACGUCUGGACGACUCUGUUUUACGGUGAUGAUCUGAGAGCUUUGCCGUUCACGAUGCACCGCAGCUCCUUUCCGUUGAGAUCUGGUGUAAGCGUCUCUGGACGAGCAACAAAAACGUGGAUGAACAUCCCCAAGCAGCACGAGAGAAGGCGUCGACCUGAAACCACAGCGAUUGGAUCAGAGUGUGUCAUCAUCGACUUCCUGGACUUUAAAGUUUCUAUGCAUCGGGUUCUGAACAUUCUGACAACUGUGCUCCUUGGUUAUUCGAAGAUGAAGUUGAGGUUUACGAACACCACAGCCAUGCUUGCCGAGAACAAUUUUCUGCCACUUGACACAUUGAUCGAUGGUCUUAGGGAUCUCAUUCCUACUCAGAUUGGGUCAAUGAGGAGCUCAUGUCUUUCCAACAUCGAGUCGGAAAUUCAUGCCAGGGUGAUGGUUACAGUGACGAAACUUGUCCAUGAGAGUCCCAUGAUGCGCUCUUCCACCACACAGUUCCUUGAAAGAUACGGCAGAAUGACGAAUCGAAGCUCUGGACCACUUGAGGAAAGUCAUCGGGGCUCUGAGUCUUACCGUCGCAUCGUCGCGUUUGUAGUCCUCAACAGCAGCAGCGAUGGAAGAAAUCUUUGGACCACGCACAGGUCUUUGACGAUUCUGCAGCCGACAAACGAGCAGCUCGACUUUCAGACCAAGACAAGGCAUGAGAGCAGAGGACAAACACGCCGCUAUCAAGUGCAGUCCUCCAUAGUAUGCCGAAAUUUUCUGCGUCGAGUCUUCCUGCAACCAUCUCAACGUCUCUCCGUUUUUACCGUCGUACAUCGUGAAGCAAGACCUCCUCCAGAAGGUCUUGUCAUGGUGUGUACAUCACACAGAGCUCUUGAGUCUGAGAGCUGCUGCAAGGAAGUCAGGGGCUGGCAAAGUGGCAUUGUCCGUAAGGAGACACUUAUCGAAAGCCAUUUACUCAUUGACCUGGUUCAUGGCUUGUGGUGGGUGCUUGCCUUGAUCAGCCAGGCAAGGUUAGGAUUGCUAGCAGCCUUGCUAGUUGGACUGAGAGUCAAGGCACUAUCGCGUGCAGCAGCAACAUCGGCUGGGGAGGAUUAG